AAAUAAAAAUAAUAAUAAUGUAAAUUAGUCCCAAAAUUGUAAAACAAUAUCAUCGAAACUCUGAGUUUUAACACGUAAGAAGAAGCUCAGGAUUUGUCUUCCCCAUCGAGUUAGGGUUUGCAGAAUUGCAUUUUGGAGUUUGAAUUUCAAAUAAUGCUCCAUCAGAACCUCAAUUCAAAUUCAAAGAACGAUACAAUACGAAGUUGCGAUUCACCAAUUGCUUCGUUUCACCUAUAACACGCCGCGAACCCCAUAGACCAUGGAUAGUGUCGUGCGUCCUCAGCAGGAUAUUUUGUUCCUUCCCUUCAAUCAAAUUCUCAGCCUCUGAUCACAAUUUCCAAUCACAGUUCCCGUUUGUCUCAGUUCAAAUUGGUAUUUCAUGGAUGGUGAUCGUAACAAGUUAGGUAAUGUGCAUGAAGAAAAUGUUGAUGUUGGACCUGAAACAUCGAAUAAUUUGGACUUGAAUGUGGAGCAAAACAGUUCCAGCCCAAAUGUUGUUCAUGCUAAUGGCUCUCAAUCUGGUGUCGCAUCAGUAAAUGUAGUCUGCAGCAAUGCAAUAUUGGGAAUUGGUACCGUAUUUGAGUCUGAUGAACAUGCAUACAAAUUCUAUAACAAGUAUGCCAGAUUAAUGGGUUUCAAUGUUAGAAAAGAUUGGGUAAAUAGGAGUAAGGUACAUGGUAUGGUGGUUUCUAGGAAAUUUACCUGCUCGAAAGAGGGAUACCGUAGGAAAGACAAGAGAGAUGAUAAUGUGAAGAAACAUCGGAAGGAGACGAGAACUGGCUGUUUGGCACACAUGAUCAUCACUCGUCAACCAGACGGGAAAUACCAGGUCACUCAUUUUGAAGGACAACAUAAUCAUGAUGAUAUAAACUCGAUCAAUUCUAACAUGUUAUUACUAGAGUUGCAAAAUGAAAUUAAUGUUGCUCAAGCUGUGGAGGUUGACUCUAAUAAUAAUUUGGAACCCAAAUCUAGGUCAGCAUUAAGUAUGGUGAAUAAAAAAUUAGAUGCACGUGAUUCUCUUGAUCAACUGUCCAUGAAUUAUGACAACUACCUUCAUUCUGUAAGGGAAAGAGAUAUAAGUAAAGGAGAAGCGGGGCGUUUGCUUGGUUAUUUUCAAAGGCAACACUUUGAAAAUCCAACAUUUUUUCAUGCCAUACAGCUUGAUGUUGAUGACAAGGUAACAAAUGUAUUUUGGGCUGAUGACAAUAUGGUGGCUGAUUACGACCAUUUUGGGGAUGUUGUUUGUUUAGAUACAACUUGCAGAACAAACAGAGUUAUGCGGCCAUUUGUACAGUUUUUAGGUGUUAAUCAUCACAAACAAGUAUUAAUAUUUGCUGCUGCUUUUUUGUAUGAUGAGACCAUUGAAUCAUUUAAUUGGUUAUUUCGAACAUUCAUCGGCGCAAUGUCUGGGAAAAAGCCAAAGGCCAUUAUAACAGAACAAGAUGCUACAAUCAUUGAAGCAGUCAAUACGGUUUUACCUGAAACAAACCGGUAUACAUGUGUAUGGCAGAUGUAUGAGAAUACUCUGAAACACCUCAGCUAUUUUGUUAAAGAUGCUGAAUCAUUUGCAAAUGAUCUAAGGAGUUGUAUAUAUGACCCCAAGGAUGAGGAAGAAUUUGCCCAUGCUUGGGAGGCUAUGCUGCAGAAGUAUAACCUCCAGCAAAAUGAAUGGUUGAGAUGGAUGUAUAGAGAAAGGGAGAAAUUGGCUGUUUUCUUUGGUCAGAAUACCUUUUUUGUAGAUGUCAAAGGCUUUCAUUUAGGUGAGGUUUUGUCUCGUAAGCUUAGAAGUUAUCUAAAUCCUGACCUUGAUGUAGUUCAAUUUUGUAACCAUUUUGAAAGGGUGGUAGAUGAGCAACGCUAUAAAGAAAUAGAAGCUGAUGAUGAGAUGAAGGGAUGUUUUCCAAAGUUAAUGGGUAAUGUGGUUAUGUUGAAACAUGCAAGUGUUGCUUAUACUCCAAGAGCAUUUGAAGUAUUUCAGCAAAGAUAUGAGAAAUCUUUGAAUGUUCUUGUCAACCAGCACAACGUAGAUGGAUCUUUGUUUGAGUAUAAAGUGAAUACAUUUGGCCAGGCUAGACAAUACAGUGUCACCUUCAAUUCUUUAGAUGAUACAGUUGUCUGCAGUUGUAUGAAGUUUGAACAUGUUGGUUUUCUGUGUAGCCAUGCACUAAAAGUUCUUGAUUAUAGAAACAUAAAAGUAGUUCCAUCUCGUUACAUCUUGGAGAGAUGGACAAAAGAUGCAAGGUUGGCAAAUAUCAGGGAGAUUAAACACUGUAAAAUGCAAGAUAACCCUAAGUUGGUUGUAGCAAGCUGUUACAAAGAUUUGUGCCACAGACUUGUCAAGUUAUCAGCAAGAGCUUCUGAAUCCGUGGAAGCUUAUCAAUUUGCCGUGAGGCAGCUUGAUGAAGUGAUGGAAGGAGUGCAGAAAAUCUUGAUUUUGAAAGGUGAGGAAGAAGAUGCUUCAGAAAGUGCGCCUGCAGAGAUCUUUCGGAAUGGACAUGCAACUGAGGAUCAGGAUGUAAGUAACAGAGUAAGUGGAGAAAUUGACAGGAGCGCUACACAGGAUAUUGCCCAAACAACGGUGAAUUAUAAUCAAACGGAUUCAGACAGGAUUUUAAAUGCAGAAGUACAUCCUCCAAAUACCGUUGUCUGCAUAUCAAGCCCCUCAUCUCCAUAUGUUUCAUCUCAAUCCGUGACACCAAAUUCCCUUUUGCAGGGCUUAUUUGGUUUUGAAGCCAAUCAAGUGGUUCAAUGUAUGUAUGAACAGCCUGAUCUUGUGUUGAACCAUCAAUCUAAUACUAACCUGUUCCAACCACCAAACUACUAUUCUAAUCAACAGAGUUCUCCUUGCCGAUCUCACCUAUCGCAGGUUCCUAUCAUCCAAAACACAUACCAUGAAUCCAUGCCAAGCAAUAAUCAGACGCGACAGGGGAUGGAUCUUGAUAUCCAAAAUCCUCAUUCAGAAUCCUGUAUCAUGCUUCCGACCCUGCACAACGGAUUAAAGGACCAUGGUUGAAUCAUAUCUUGUAUUGGCAAUGCCAUUGCUUCUGUAGUCUAGUCAAGUAGUCAUAACGCAUAAGCAUUGUAAACGUAGUGUGUUUGUUAUCACGGUGGGGUUUACCGUAAUCAUAGUGAGCCACCAUGAUACCAAACAUGCUUAAAUCCCUUUUUUUUGUAGAUAACCAUCAAUUCAUAUGAAAAGGUAGAUACACAACUUCUGCAAUUAACUGAACUCAAGGGUAAAAUCAAUUGUGUGGUCC